CACAUUUGAGAAGAGAAAAAUUAAUAUCCAACAGUUCGCAUGAAUUUGUGUACCCUGUUGUUCCGAUCCUGUCUCGAGGUAUAAAUUAUUUUAUGUAAUUACUUUCUUUGACGCUUCUCCAUUAGCAAUUGGUAUUGCGCAUAUCCGAUGCCUAGACUCAAGACCGCCCACUAAAAGCAUCAAGCGAAAAUCUCUCUGCAAACCUCUCGAGCAAGGCAGUUGUUUUUCAUCGGAAUCGUUUGCUGCAUCUUCCUCGCCUCUAUGGAUACCAUUGCUGACAGAAUCGUUAUCAACGUUGGAGGUAAGCGACAUGAGACACACGCAAGUACUCUUCAAACUAUCCCUGACACCAGGUUGGCAUGGAUUGCGGAAAGUUUCCUGGCCAAUGAUAACAGGCAAGAGAUAUUUUUCGACAGAAACCCAGAAUUAUUCGGGAUCAUUCUCAACUACUACCGUACUGGGCAACUGCAUGCUCCGCGCGACUUCUGUGGCCCUCUCUUUGAGGCAGAGUUAAUAUUCUGGGGCAUUGAAGAGAGGGAAAUGGAAGCGUGUUGCUGGCCCUAUUAUACUCAACAUCGAGAUGCCGAGAAGAACUUGAAAGAUUUCGUAGGACCCGAGUUUGAAGACACGGACAACGACGACGAAGAAUUCUCGCCCGAUUUAGAAUCAUCGCCAUUUCAUCAAGUUUCAUCAUUAUCAUACUGGACACUUUAUAAACCGAAAAUCUGGGCAGUACUAGAUGAUCCGCACUCAUCGACCAAGGCUAAGGUAUUAACACGCUUCACUUCUAUUCUUUUUGUUUUCUUCCAAAAUCUCAUAUUAAUUUUCAAGCUGAAUAUAAUUCGGAAGCGAAUUUCAGGUUGAGUUGUUCGGUCAAUAUCGGUUGUUCAUUAUUUUGGUUUUUUACUACUACUACUACUGUAUACGAGCAGGCAGCCCUUACUUAUUUUUACGCAAUGACCUGUAAACUCAAUUUAUUAUGUCUGCUCCAUAAACGGUGGCUGCGGUUCAGAAAAGAAUUGCCCAAACGGCUACUGAGGCGUUUGUCAACGCUUAACAAAUAUGGAAAAUUUCGCCAGUUUUCUAUGCAAAUAGAGACCACAAGUAAAUAAAAGGGUAUCGCACGUCGACGAUUUUAAGCCUAAAAAACGCUUCUAAAACAAUGUUUCUGGAUUAAUCGGGCAUGAUUUUAAGACGUAAAAAGAACUUAAAUCCACGAUAAAGCUGGGCAAUCUGGUUACCAAGGGGUUUGUUUUUGCUAAACAAAUGGGUAUAAGAUAAUGGCGUACGAAUCGCUAUCUGAGAAAUCAGCCAUAAGAAAACGUUCUUUGUUUCUCAGGCAUCGUCGAUGAAAAUUCUAUUGAAAAGAAAUCAUAACAUCUCACUGUGUUUUUCCAAUUAAACUGCGGCUUAGUUUUGUGGAAAAAUUUUUAAUGUACUGUAAACGGGUUUUACAUGGGGACUUCCGUUCUUCAUAGAGGAAGGAUUCUUUUACAGAAUAACACCUCCGUUUAUAAAAGCUAAUUGAUGUAGAACAUAAGAUAACAGAAAAAUAUCGAAAUAUAUGAAGGGAAUAGUUUUUUGAAGGUAUAUCACCUCAAGACUACAAUCAAACCAUGUAAAUCCGUAUUGACCGCAAAAGUAAACAGAUGGCUCCAAGUGAUAUCUUUUUUAACUAAAAUUAAACUCGAGCGUAGGAUAAUAAUAAUAUCGGGUACAGUCUUUUCGGCAAUUAUAGCAAUACAGCUGGACACGCAUCCGUGAAAAAAUAUUUCAGCUGUGUUAUAUUCUAUUCAGUCAGUUCCCUUUCAAUGAAUUUUCUGUUAGCUUUAUAUUCUUUCAACCACCAGCGUUUGUGCGCACGGUAUAAAUUCAAGAAUGGAAAAGCUUUUAAAAAGGUCUUAUCGACUUGUUUAAUUGGGCGCCGAAAUGCAAAAUUUUACCUCGAUUAACCGACUGCAUUUUAAAUAAUUUGCAAGACAAUGAGUUUCAGCUAAACUGGUGGGGUUUUUUUACCACAGGAGCGAUAAAUUUUCUAUGUUAACUUCAUAUUUCUUAGAUCUUUAUGAUCCAGUUUAAGGACGUGCAGUAAGCGCCAGUGUGCCUAAAAAUGUUAGCCACGCUUUGUAAUUUUACAGUGUGACUAAAAGUUCUCCACUCAUUUAGGAAAAUGAAAUAUUUGCUUUUCUUUUUACUUAUUCUACUUAUCUUUUGCGCACUGUCAAUAAUAAAACAUAUUCUCUGAUUGGCAGCUGAUUUGAAUCGAAACGAACCCCCAUCUUAUAUUAUAUAAUGGGCUUGUUUAAAUUAACAUGUAGCUUUUAUAUCAGGAGACUAAAUGGUAAAAGCUAUUAACUUUUUACCUGCAAUUUCUAUUUUAUGUAUUAUACCACCACAUAAUUAUUCAUAUAUCUAGGGUGACAUCACACCUUAGUAUUAUAUAAUUACAAUAAAAUAAACUGCUUACUCGAUGGUUGAGCCGUGAAUCUAACUUGAUGAUUGCCCACAAUUUCCUUUUUUUUUCGGAGAUAAAGCACGCAACUCAAUAAGCAUCCGCUCACAUUAUGUGUUCAAUCAUCGAAUGAGAUUUAUGUAUAAAUUUAUUGUCACGUAGCAAAAAAGUAGAAGCCCCGUCACUUAACCGUAGCUGAGAAACGCGAGUUUGUCACCAUGUUGCUCUUUAGUAAAACUAAUGCAACUACAAUUUAAAGGGCUAUGCCUGAUGACGCGUUCCACAUUUUUGGGUAAAAACUGAGCUGAUGCUGAAAGUAAGCAUUGCUGGUUUGCACGUGACGUCACGGCGGCCAUGUUGGUGGCCAAGAACAAAAGCAUUUCUCUCCUCUGGCAGCCAAACUCUGUUUUCGUGUAAAUCCUUCGAGAAAAAAUUCUAUUGUAUUGACCCCCAACAUGGCCGCCUUGUCACGUGGUUGCAUCAGGUCAGGUGGUUUAUUCAGGUCAGUCAUCUCUUUUCCCGCUACCAGAGGCCCCUUUUCCGGCUGGUAUUAGGAGGGCGUACGAAAUACCAGGGAAAAGAGGCCCAGGUCUGUCAGCAGGAAAAUCAUUAUUUCUCUUAUAACUCCAAGAGAAAGAUAUUAAUCGAUUCUCUGAAGGGGAAAAGAAAACAUGAUAGUUUGAGAAACAGUUCAUUUAAAACACAAGAAUUGAUUUGCAACUGUUGGCUCAGGUUGAAUUCCAUGCCAUGGAAAAGCCAAACACACGCGCUUAUAAUUUAGGUUAAGUUAUCAUCUUCGUGUUUUCUCCAAGGUGUUUUUUUUAGGGUCUUCGAGCAAUUACCAAAAUAAUCGUGACACAUCUCCUUAAGAGACAAAAGGCACCGGAUGAAAGCAUCACUCUUUAGAUUAUAGCCAAAAAAAUAACCAUGCAUGCUAGAAUUUUACCUAGAGGCCGGAUUUGCAAAAUUAUUACCACACAAAUAGAGAUAUGUCACAUUUUAAUCGGUUUCACGGUUUUAUUGCUAAAUUUCAGGUUUAGGUCGACUGCUCGUUAUUGAUAAGUCCUCAUCUUUCAAAUGCAUUUUUCUUCCAAUUCAUAACUCAAGAAUGUAACAUUAUGCACUUAUUUCAAUAACGGUUGCAUUGGGAAUCGUGCUUUGGUCUUUGAAAGCCUUUGUUUGGUGGUCACGCAAGCAAAGCAUUGCAUUGUAUUCUGUGUUUCAAUGACCAAAUCCCAAAGCAACCUUUAUUGAAAUAGGUGUAUAAACUCCCGCUUACAAGCCAUAGGAUAAUACAUCUUCGUAUGUGAUCCUAGGAGGGCUUAUUCACGUAGGAGGUGGGGAGGGGGGGCUUACUACUGGGUGAGCUUAUAAGGGGGGGAAGCAUAUAAGCAGAAGUUUACGGUAUUCCUGUAGUUUCACGGCAGCAUGGUGCCAAUACUACUGUUAGCCUUGUGCUAAUGGAGUUGUGAGAAAAGUCACAGAGCAUUUAGUUUUAAAUGUCUCGGGUGCGUAACAUGUAUUUCUUAGCGUUUUUACUAAAGCCCGUUUUUCCUUUUUUUUCCCAAGGUGUUUGCAUUGUUUUCAUUGUUCAUGAUACUGGCAUCUGUUGCUUCCCUGUGUGCUUCAUCAGUUGUUAUUGAAGAUGAAUACGUGCGUGGAUUUGAAUAUUUAUUUUGUGCGUGGUUCACACUGGAGUUUAUAGCACGGUUUAUAUUUUGUCCUGACAAGAUCGUUUUUUUUAAACAGAUCAUGACAUGGGUGGAUUUGAUGUCCCUGCUCCCCUUUUACAGCAAACUGUUCUUCAAAACAGAUUUACUUAGUUUCUUGAGGGCCGUGAGGCUUAUUCGUGUGUUUCGAGCACUCAAAGCAUUCGCUUUUACAAGCGGGUUGCAGAUUAUCGUACAAUCGCUCAAAGCCAGCUUCAGGGAGCUAAUACUGCUUCUUAUUAUUUUGUUAAUUCCCGUGGUAGUAUUUUCCAGUAUUGUUUACGACAUCGAAAACAAUGUCCCCAGCCAGCCUCACUUUCGAAAUAUCCCAGAAACCUUUUGGUGGGCAAUUAUCACUAUGACAACUGUCGGCUACGGCGAUAUGGUCCCCAAAACGAUCCUAGGUAGGGUCAUUGGUGGAAUAUGCGCUAUUUUUGGAGUACUGAUAGUGGCGUUGCCAGUCUCUGUAAUAGGAAAUAACUUUUCUACUUACUACACGCAUGCUCAAGCUCGACUUAGUCUUCCAAGGAAAAAACGUCGUCUGAUAUGCGCAGCUAAUCUGCGCAUGAAUGUCUUACCGGAACAAUCAGCUCCAAGUAGCACCUCAUUGAAACAAAAUGGCGGCCUUCAGGAGACUUCAGAGGGAAUACAGCUGGAUGCAUCUCCAGGCUCAGCAAAGAGAUUCAGGCGCUACCAUCGGCGAUCACGAAACACACUGUUUGCUCACGGCGAUGUGUACAUAGGUCCAAGCAAGCUUGAAAGGCAAAAAUUAUCUCGCAGUAGUACAUGCAAAGAAGAGGAAAACGAAAACGAAACUGAAAACGAAACGAAAAGUGAAAGCGCCACAACAAAAGAAACAAUUAGCAGUGGAGAAUUAGACAACAAACCAGAUAAGGUGCGUGAUCUAUCUGGCACAGAUAGCGAAAUUCUUCCUGCUAUCUCCUCUCUGCCAAGAAACUUUACGCUCAUUAACUCGACGCAUGAAAGUGAGGAGAUUAUUGAAGAAGCCGAGACAAGACCCGCCUCUGUACUCUCUGAACACCGAAAUGGUGUUAUCAAGAAAAGGAAUAAAACUGCUAAUUUACCAGUAUCCCAUCGUAAAAAGUCCAACAGCUCGCCAAAUAAGUGGCUAGAAUUAAAAAAUGAACAAUCUCCAACAGAGAGUAGAAGGCCACAAAGUUCGCGGGCUCGCAAGGCGCGCGUAUCACCCGCAGAGGUGCUUGAAAGUUACCAGAAUCACGUGGAAGGCUCCACGCAGAACCUGUCCCCACGACAUUAUCCUGUUCCUUCAUUUAAGUUAGACAUGGAAAAUUCUCAAACAGACAAACCUGCUUUGGUUAAAAUGCCCGAGCAAAAGAGUAACAAGACUGCAAAUUCGACGAAUUUCACGGAGACUUUACACAGACCAAGGACCGCUACAUUGGAUGCUGAUGUUACGAAUGGAUAUGCAAUCUGAUAUUUAACAAU